AUGGACAUUAUCGCAGAAAAAUCCUAUGCCCACUCUCGACAAGUGGAUCAGCGCUUAACAAAUUCUCAUCCAGUCAGAAUAAUAUACGUUGGGGCAUUUAUUGUAAUGCCAGAUCAGUACGAAAACUUUGAGGAAGAGCAGGAUAUGUCAGAUGAGACACCGCAAGAGGGGGUGCCUCCUCAAGAGAAUGAUGGGAUGGAUGGAGAGGAAGGAGGUGAAUUCCUCAACCCAGACAACAUCAUUGAAACUAUUGAACUUGAUGAGAAUGAUGGAGAUAGUGAAGAUGCAGUGACUAAUGAUAUGGGUGACAUGGAGCUACAGGGUUAUGGUGAAGGUGGGGAAGAAAUGGACCUUAAAGAUGAUGCAGAUAUUGUUUUCACAAAGCACAAAGGUUCUGUAUUCUGUAUAGCCACAGACCCAGGCACUAGUACAUUGGCAGUAACAGGGGGUGAGGAUGACCGGGCUUAUGUGUUUAAAUUAGCUACAGGAGAAGUCAUGUUUGAAUGUACAGGUCACAAAGACUCGGUGACAUGUGCAUGUUUCUGCUAUGACUCCAAGUAUGUUGCUACGGGAGACAUGAGUGGAAUCAUCAAAGUCUGGGAUGUGGAAUCCAAACAGGAAGUGUGGUCUUUUGAAACUUCAGAUCUUGAGUGGUUAGAAUGGCAUACAGCAGCACAUGUACUACUAGCUGGCUCAAUAGAUGGCAGCAUGUGGAUGUGGAAAAUACCAAAUGGCGACACUAAGACAUUUCAAGCUCACGGUGUUCCUACAAAUAUUGGAAAAAUAUUACCAGAUGGUAAAAGGUGCUGUGUAGGUUAUGAAGACGGGGCAGUAAAAACGUAUGAUUUAAAAACAAGCAAACUAUCACAUAGUUUUACUGGAAAUAGUGGCCAUGCAGCAUCUAUAACAAGUUUAGAUUGUCAUAGCAAUAAUAACCUCAUCAUCACUGGUUCUACAGAUGUAACUGCAAAGGUCAUUAGUGCAAACAAUGGCAAGGUACUAUCAACAUACAAUUGUGCUAGUGAAUCUGAUGAGGAAGACAAUUCAGUAGAAGCAGUCGGCUUUUCAAAAACACAUUCUUUAGCUGCAACUGGAACUUUAAAAGGGACUCUAAGUAUAUGGGACAUCAACACACACCAAUGUAGGCUACAGUGUAAACAUGAAAAUGGAAUAGUGAGAUUACGUUGGGAUGAGAGCACACCAUUUAUCUACACAUGUACACUUGAUGGCAUCGUUCACAUGUGGGAUGGCAGAAAUGGGCAGAGAAUGGCACAGUGGUAUGGUCAUCAAGGAGAGAUUCUAGACUUUGAUAUUACUAGGGAUGGUAACACCUUAGUGACAGCAUCAGAUGAUGGGACAGCUAGAGUUUUCACACUACAUAGUCCAGAUAGGUGAACUAAUGUAUCAAGGAGUGAAUUCAUGAGGCACAUUGCUAGAAUAUGGCUUAAAAACCAACAAUUUUACGAAGCAUACCUGUAUUCAUCAUUUAUUAUGAGUAUUAUGUUGUGUGGGGGUGACUGCACAUUAGCCAGACUGUGAUCCUUGGUUAUUGUGAAUGGAAUUAACUUCUACAGAAAAACCAGUGGGUGAAUAUAGUAUUGGAACAAUGAAUAGAAAACAACAGCCAGACCUUCACUGGUGAUCCACUAGAUUAAGCCGGUUACUGGUUAAAAGUACAGAUCUUACCUGUUUUUUGAAGUUCCGUUUAUGGAAUAAGUGAGGAAUCAAAUCAACGAUUCUGUUCUUCUGAACUAUU